AUGACUAAACGUGAUCUUCACAAUGAAGGGGGUGAUGAGAAUAAGCCCAGGAAAAAGCAGAAGAGUGAAAAGCAAAAGAAGGAAAAAUCUGCGAAGUCCAAAUCAAGUGCUGAACAGAGUCUCUCUUACGUCCAGUCUCCUGCAUUAGGUGAUGUCCCUCAGUCCGAAAUCGAGAAAUUCCUUACGGAAAACUCUAUUAAGAUAACAGAUACAUCAUCUGAGAACGUAAUGCGCCCAAUCAUUUCAUUUUCUCACCUCCCUCCUUGCAAAGAUGACCUAUAUGCACCAUUGAGCUCAUUCAAAUCACCAACUUCGAUCCAGUCUGCUACCUGGCCGUUGUUGUUCGCUGGUCGUGAUGUUAUUGGCAUCGCAGAAACCGGAAGUGGAAAAACACUUGCAUUUGGUUUGCCGUGUCUAAAGAAGAUCCAGGACUCAGCGAUGACCAAACAGAAACCCUAUCGCCCUUUGGCAGUGAUAAUAUCUCCAACGAGGGAACUAGCGAUGCAAAUAUACGACCAAUUGUUAAAGUUCUCAGGAUCCGUGGGCGUCAGAGUGGCUUGUGUAUUCGGCGGCGUGAGGAAGGAGGAACAACGGGAGGCACUGAAAACUGCGGGGGUUGUUGUUGCGACCCCUGGUAGGUUGAAGGAUCUUCAAAAUGAUGGUUCGGUAGACCUAGGAAAAGUGAAGUACCUGGUUCUGGACGAGGCGGAUCGUAUGCUGGACAAGGGCUUUGAACAAGACAUCAAGGACAUCAUUCGUCCAAUGCCGGUAUCUAAGCGCCAGACCAUCAUGUUCACUGCAACCUGGCCUCCAAGUGUCAGGGACCUCGCGUCAACUUUCAUGUCCUCUCCUGUAACUGUCACCAUCGGAGGUGAUCCAUCUGCGGACCCACGGGCGAACACCAGGAUCAAGCAAGUUGUGGAGGUUGUCAAACCACAUGAAAAAGAGUCUCGACUUGUCCAAUUGUUGAAUCGGUCCCAGCGAGGGGUUCCUGAGCCAGAAAAAGUGCUAGCCUUCUGUUUGUAUAAAAAGGAAGCUAUGCGGAUUGAGAGACUUCUCCGUACAAAGGGUUUUAAAGUCGCAGGAAUACAUGGGGACCUAAGUCAACAGGAGAGGUUUCGAAGCCUAGAUGCAUUCAAAACUGGAGCUGCUACUGUCCUCGUUGCUACUGACGUUGCGGCUCGUGGACUUGACAUACCUUCGGUCAAACAGGUCAUUAAUGUCACAUUCCCACUCACGGUUGAAGAUUAUGUACAUCGAAUUGGGCGGACUGGUCGUGCUGGAGCUGAGGGACAUGCCGUGACCCUAUUCACCGAGACAGAUAAAGCUCAGUCUGGCGCAUUGAUCAACGUCCUCAGAGCAGCAAAACAGGAUAUACCAGAGGACCUCCUUAAGUUUGGAACAACUGUCAAGAAGAAGCAACAUGAUGCAUAUGGUGCAUUCUUCAAGAAUGUUGACACUGACAAGACAGCCACAAAAAUUGUGUUCGACGAUUAG